AUGACAAUUGAAAUUAUUAUGCAUCGGAAAAAUGAGGAGUGCAAUUGUGUUGGUAUCGCUAUUUGUUUUAACGGUUGCGCAGGAGUUGGCGGAACCAUGUGAUGAAGAAGCAUGCAAACUCCCAGAUUGCAGAUGUUCUUCGACUAGUAUACCAGGUGGUUUGGCAGCCAGGGAUACUCCACAGUUCGUCCUCCUCACCUUCGAUGAUGCCGUCAACAUCAUCAACAUCGAGACCUACAGGGAUGUCAUUUACAACCGUCGGAACUCCAACAGCUGCCCCGCCGGCGUCACCUUCUACGUGAACCAUGAGUACACUGACUACCAGCUAGUCAACGAGCUUUAUAACCACGGGUUCGAGAUUGCUCUGCACUCAGUCUCCCACAUGACGAACCAAACCUACUGGCAAGAGGCGUCAUAUGACGAUAUGGUCCAGGAACUUGGGGAGCAGGUCGUGCAAAUGUCUCAUUUUGCUAAUAUCCCUACGGACAGUAUAAAAGGUGUUCGUUUGCCAUUCCUGCAAAUGACUGGCAAUGCCAGUUUCCAAGUGAUGGCUGACUACAACCUCGAAUACGACUGCUCCUGGCCGACCGUCUCCCAAAUCAACCCUGGCCUCUGGCCUUACACCCUGGACUACGCGUCUACCCAGGACUGCAUCAUCCCCCCAUGCCCUACCGCUUCCGUGCCAGGAGUGUGGGUUCUGCCUAUGGUCACUUGGCGUGACUUGAACAAUAACCCUUGUUCUAUGGUGGACAGUUGCUUGGCAGUGCCCAGCACUGAAGAAGAAUGGUUCCAAUUGAUUCUAAGUAAUUUCGAGAGACAUUAUUUCGGUAACCGGGCUCCAUUCGGGUUCUACAUCCACGAGUGGUACAUCCGUGAAAACGUGAACCCUCAUGUGGGAAGGGCUUUGAAGAGGUUCUUGGAUCUGAUUAAUAAUCUUUACGAUGUCUUUAUGGUAAAUUCCCAAGAAGUCAUCGACUGGGUGAAAAACCCCGUGCCUGUUAACGAGUAUGCGCAGCAGCCUUGCAGGACCUACGUUCCUACAAUGUGCGCUCCGGCCACCUGCCCAGUGGCGGCCGAACAUAACUUGAAUGUUUACUGGAUGUCAAUUUGCAACGUCUGCCCAAGAGUUUACCCGUGGUUGGGCAACCCUCUCGGACAAUAACUGUUAUUUUACUCCACCUGUUUAGUUUAUAAAUAUUGAAAUAAAUUAUUUAUAACAUAA